AUGAGCUACCUGUUACCGACAUUGACGAAGAAGAAAGAAGUAGACACGAUCAUCAGAGAUACCAUUGACAAGGUCCUGGUCCUUCGAUUCGGUCGAGCCGACGAUGCUGUCUGUCUCCAACUAGAUGAUAUCCUUGCGAAGACGGCGCGUGAGGUUUCCAAAUUCGCGACGGUGGCUUUAGUCGACGUAGAUUCCGAGGAUGUUCAGGUUUACGUUAAGUAUUUCGAUAUCACUUUGAUUCCUUCGACUAUUUUCUUCUUCAAUGCUCAUCAUAUGAAGAUGGACUCUGGGACCGCGGAUCACACGAAAUGGGUGGGAGCAUUUCAUGAAAAGCAGAACUUCAUAGAUGUUGUAGAGGCAAUAUUUAGGGGAGCCAUGAAAGGCAAGUUGAUUGUUCAUUGCCCUCUUCCCUCAGAACGAAUACCAAGAUAUCAAUUGCUAUACAAGGACGUAUAAAUUUUGGGGUCUUCAAACAGAUCCUUUGAAACUUUGGAGUGUCACUGAACCCGCUGAUGAAUGAUUUCAGUUAAAAUAAGGUAAUGAAACAGGGUGCUUGAUCCAGAGACUAAGGUGUCAGUUGAAAUGAAGUCUUAGGUCUUGGGCAGUAAAGGUUCAAUCAAUGUACCAAAACCAGAUUAGGUGUAACUAAAGAUCAUACUCGUAUGACUUCAUUUUUGAACUCCUACCUUGAUCCAAAUCCGAAAUAAAAGGUCAAUCAAUUUAUAUGAUUCAUUGACUCA